AAAAUGGCUUCUAACACUUUGAAACUUCCUUUAUGGAUUGUUUUAUGGCUGUUUUUAUCGUCUAUUUUGGUCGUAUUAGAUGCAUUGUUUGUGCUWCUUAGACCUCGUACUAUGCCUGGAGGAGAUUUGAAUUUUUUUGUGAGUUACUAUAACAUCUACAUUGAUAUUGAUAGAAGAUAUGGUGACAUGAAAGAUGGCUUUGUGAUUGGGCAAAGCUGGAUGAAUUUGGUUGAAGUAUUCCUGAACUGCAUUGGUUUAAUGUUGAAUAUGAAGUCAUCUGUGUAUACACAACCAUUUGUCCUGAUAGCAACAACAAUGACCUUUUCCAAGACAGUCCUGUAUUUCCUCAUGAGUUCGCCWUUGUGUUUUGGCGACAUGUAUUUUACAGGACUUUCAUGGCUGAAAUUUGUGUUUCUAUUCAUAGUUCCCAGUGGAUUUUGGGUUGUUUUCCCUUUGUUUUGUAUMAUUUCAAUAACUUUACAGUUAGCACAUACAAUUCAAUCAAAGCACAAAUCAAAUUAGCAGCAAUACUCUCCUUCACGGUUWCAUGCACCAUCUUGAAAGGUAUCCGUGCCUUUACAUUGAAGCGAGACAACUGUUGAGRGUGCAAUGAUAGAUACCUGUGAAUAAUUGUCUUUAGGUAUGAAAGAAGGUUUCUAUCAUUGCARGCUCAACGGCUACCUUUCAAGAUGGCGCUGGGAACCAAGAAGGGGACUAUUUGUGGUGUAUCAGUGUCUUUUGAUUGUCUUCAUCAUGAAUUGUGCAUGAAGCUAUUUUUAAAAGGUUGCAAAUUAACUUGAUAUUCAGAAGAUCACCAAUUUUCAUACUAAUUUAUGCAAAUUAGUUUUUAUCUGGCAUUUUUACAAAGUCUUCUCGUAGAUAAGCCGCACCCCUGAUUCAAGAACGAUUUUUUGGGAAAAAAAGUGUGGCUUAUACAUGGGUAAAUACGGUAAUUUAUGCAAAACCUAUGUUUUUUGAACAAAACUUAACAUGUUUAUGUUAUAGUGAUUGACUGACUAAAAUUGUCUAGUAGCUUCUAUAGUAAAAUUAUCAUCACUGACAUGACAUGGGUUUAUGACUUGGAAACCAUAUUAUUUCGGAGAAAAACUGAAAAAUGUAUGUCAUACAUAAUUAUUAAUGUAUAACAUUAAAUUGAUUAACCUCAACAUGAUAUGAUAUCAGAAGACAAUCAAAUUCAUUGUGAUUUUGUACUUAAAUUGUACAAACAUAGCAUUGGUUUGGAAAACAUUUUUUUUAAAAAGGGCAAUAGUCUUAUUAUUACUCAUCGGAACAAAGCUUGUUAAAAUAAUUAAUUUAUAGAGAUAAGAAUUUUAUUAUGUGAAUUGUAGCAGUAGUGAAGCAUAAGUGACUAAUUUGAGUGUUCUUUCAAGAAGGAUCUGAAAAUAAUAGUAGCAUCACAGCCUAGCUUUAUUUUUAUAUUAUAAUUCAAGAAAUAAUGAUUAGUUCUGCAUGCACGGUUUUAUUGAUAACAAAUAAAUGACUCAAGAUGGUCCAGCAUAGUCUGAGAACCACUGAGGAUUUCUAGUAUCUUUGCUGUCAUUUCUAACAAUCUGUUMCAAUUCUUUCAGUAAAGAGUCUCUUUCUAAAAUGAAUAUUAUAUAUUUGUAUUAGAGAAGGAACAUUUAUCAUUAAAAUAUAUUUUUCAAUGUGACA